AUGUCGUUCGGUGAGGUGACGAUCACCCUAAAGGACGUUGUGACACUCACCGGAUUAGCGAUCGACGGUGAUGCCGUCGUAGUAGACAUACCAGACGAGGACUGGUCGGCUAUGUGUCUUCGACUGUUAGGACGGGCUCCUACUGAUCUUGGUGGCGGCGUCAUCCAGAUUACUUGGCUCAGGGAGACUUUCGAUGAGCUACCGCUUUCUGCAUCACCCCAGACGACAGAGCAGUUUGCAAGAGCGUAUGCGCUGUCUCUGAUGUGA